AUGAUGCUGCCCAAGGCCGUCCUGGCCAUUGCCGCCCUGGCCUCCAGCCCUGUCAAUGCGCUGUGGCCCAUUCCCCAGAAGAUCUCGACCGGAGACAGCGUGCUCUUCAUCGACCAGGCCGUCCGGGUGACUUACAAUGGGGUGCCGAUCAUCACCAUCGGCUACGAGCCUCCGGCCGGCUCCCACUUCAGCAGCCAGGAGAUCGUCCAGGGCGGCGUCUCGCGCGCCCUGGCGUCCAUCUUCAGCACAAACUUCGUCCCCUGGAAGCUGAACCCGCGCAACAGCAACUUCGAGCCCAAGCUGGCGCUGCAGAACCGCGUGCAGACCAUCGCCAUCCGGCAGACGGGCAAGGACUCGACCUCGACCUUCAAGCCGCGCGCCGGCGACGUCGACGAGUCGUACUCGCUGACCGUGUCCAAGGCGGGCCAGGUCGACAUCACGGCCAAGUCGUCGACCGGCGUGCUGCACGCCCUCGAGACCUUCUCCCAGCUCUUCUACAAGCACUCGGCCGGCCCCUUCUACUACACCACCCAGGCGCCCGUGAGCAUCACCGACUCGCCCAAGUACCCGCACCGCGGCAUCAUGCUGGACCUGGCCCGCACCUACCAGACCGUCGACGACAUCAAGCGCACCAUCGACGCCAUGGCCUGGAACAAGCUCAACCGCCUGCACCUGCACGUCACCGACUCGCAGUCGUGGCCGCUCGUCAUCCCCGCCCUGCCCAAGCUGUCCCAGGCCGGCGCCUACCACCCGAGCCUGGUCUACACGCCCGCCGACCUCGCCAGCAUCUUCCAGUACGGCGUCGCCCGCGGCGUCGAGGUCAUCACCGAGAUCGACAUGCCCGGCCACAUUGGCGUCGUCGAGCUGGCCUACAACGACCUCAUCGUCGCCUACGAGCAGAUGCCCUACCAGUACUACUGCGCCGAGCCCCCCUGCGGCGCCUUCUCCCUCAACAACUCCAAGGUCUACGACUUCGUCGACACCCUCUUCGACGACCUGCUGCCCCGCGUCGCCCCCUACAGCGCCUACUUCCACACCGGCGGCGACGAGCUCAACGCCAACGACUCCAUGCUCGACCCCCACCUCAGGAGCAACGCGACCGACGUGCUGCAGCCCCUGCUGCAAAAGUUCCUCAACUUUGCGCACUCCAAGAUCCGCGCCGCCGGGCUGUCGCCCUUUGUCUGGGAGGAGAUGGUCACCACCUGGAACCUGACGCUCGGAAACGACACCGUCGUGCAGUCGUGGCUGGGAGGCACCGCCGUCAAGGACCUCGCCGAGAGCGGCCACAAGGUCAUUGACACUGACUACAACUUUUACUACCUCGACUGCGGCCGCGGGCAAUGGGUCAACUUCCCCAACGGCGCCUCCUUCGACACGUACUACCCCUUUGGCGACUGGUGCGCCCCGACCAAGAACUGGCGCCUCAUCUACUCCCACGACCCGGCCGCCGGCGUCUCCGCCGCCCACGCCAAGAACGUCCUCGGCGGCGAGCUCGCCGUCUGGAGCGAGAUGAUUGACGCCAGCAACCUCGACAACAUCAUCUGGCCGCGCGCCAGCGCCGCCGGCGAGGUCUGGUGGUCGGGCAACGUCGACGGCGCCACGGGCCAGAACAGGAGCCAGCUCGAGGUCACGCCCCGGCUCAACGAGUUCAGGGAGAGGAUGCUCGCGAGGGGCGUCAGCGCCAUGCCCAUCCAGAUGACGUACUGCACGCAGCUCAAUGCCACGGCUUGUACGCUUUUCGCAUGA